AUGAGCGAUGCCGAGCUAAAGGAACGGACACUGAUGGCUAUUGAAAUACUAUUACAAAAUAAUAAUCGUAGCUUGAAGGACUUCAAACCAAUGCCAGUUCCAAAAGAGGAUGUCGUUUUCUUUACCGGAAACAGAUUACUUUAUGAUGAACGUCAAUAUGAUGUUGUUGAACAACAACAAAUUUUUGAACAUUUGUCCGCUUCUCUUACAGAUGAACAAAGAGGAAUUUUUGAGGAAAUCAUGGAUGCCGUAGAGAAGCAACAAGGUGGUGUUUUUUUUCUGUAUGGCUACGGUGGGACUGGUAAGACCUUUAUGUGGAAAACUUUAUCAGCAGCACUUAGGUCUAAGAAAAAAAUUGUCUUGCCUGUUGCUUCAAGUGGGAUUGCAAGUUUGUUGUUACCAGGUGGAAGAACAGCUCAUUCUAGAUUUAAGAUUCCAGUUCCUACUCUAGAAAAUUCUAUUUGCAACAUUGAAAAACAAGAUGAUCUUGCUGGGCUUCUAAAGAUGACAGAUUUAAUUAUAUGGGAUGAGGCUCCUAUGGCUAAUAAAUUUUGCUUUGAAUCUCUCGACAAAUCCUUGAGAGAUAUUAUGAGUGGAAUCCCACAUGCAUCUAGGAAAGUUUUUGGUGGUAAGGUUGUUGUGUUUGGUGGUGACUUCAGACAAAUCCUACCAGUUAUACCAAGAGGAACUAGAUCAGACAUAAUCCAUGCAACCAUAAAUGCUUCUUAUAUUUGGGAUCAUUGUAAGGUGUUGAGGCUUACAAAGAACAUGCGCUUGCAAACUGGUGAUAAUGCUUCUUCUACAGCUGAUGACAUAAGGAGCUUUUCUGAGUGGAUUUUAAAAAUUGGAGAUGGGACCAUGUGUGAGCCAAAUGAUGGUUAUGCUGAUAUUUGUAUUCCAGAUGAGUUCUUAAUUUCAAACUUUUCUGAUCCCAUCAAGGAAAUUGUUGAAGAUACAUACCCUGAUCUCAUUCAUAAUUAUCUUGAUUCCAAUUAUCUUCAAAGUCGUGCAAUCUUGGCUUCAACAAUUGAGGUUGUUGAUGAUAUCAACCAAUAUAUCACAAAUCUGCUUCCAGGAGAAGAGAAAGAAUACUUCAGUAGUGAUUCUAUUGAUAAAUCUGAUGCAACUAGCUUUGAUGCAUAUGAGCAUGUGACACCUGAAUUCCUAAAUGCUCUCAAAACUUCGGGAUUGCCUAACCAUUCCAUCAAGUUGAAAGUUGGUGCCACUAUUAUGUUAAUGCGCAAUCUAGAUCAGUCGGAAGGGUUGUGCAAUGGUACAAGGCUAACUGUAACCAAGCUUGCUAAUCAUGUCAUUGAAGCUAAGAUCAUUUCUGGAAAAAAUAUUGGUAACUUAUUUUAUAUUCCUAGAAUGUCUCUAUCCCCCUCACAAUCCCCAUGGCCGUUUAAAUUGGUAAGACGCCAGUUUCCAAUUAUUGUUUCAUUUGCCAUGACUAUUAACAAAUCCCAAGGGCAAUCACUUGAUAAUGUUGGUCUGUAUUUGCCUAAAGAAGUUUUUAGUCAUGGUCAAUUAUAUGUGGCUAUCUCAAGAGUCAAAGCGAAAAAGGGUUUAAGGAUUCUUAUUCAUGACAAAGAUAAACAACCUAUGAGCACUACCACCAAUGUUGUCCAAAGAUUCACAUCAUUUUUUAAUUUCAGGCUGCAGCCAAUGUUGCAUUCAAACAUAAGUUCCAUGACAUUUGAAAGGUCCAGCCAAUCACCUCAUCAAAGAGUUUAA